AUGGCAGAGAAAUUCACAACAUUUUACGAAAGUACUGCUACAGAAAACAGUGUUGCCAAUUUUUACAGGUAUCUAACAGUGAAGGAGAUCUCCCUCAAGGAAAACCUCCUUGACCUUGUUACUGAGAAGUUCAAAGGGGAUUUCAAGGUCUUGCUCCAGUUCUCCACUCACUUUACAGGUCUGAUGAUAAAGGGCUUGCAGCUUGAUCUCUAUUACUAUGUUCUGAAAGGUUAUCGUGAUACAAAUAAGGCAAAAGAGGCAGUUGAAAAACUCACUAAUGUACUCUUUACCACAAAAGAGGCGUUGAUCAACUGCAUUGACAGCUUUGAAAAGUGGGCCAUGUUAGACACAGUAGAAAUUGGCACUGAGCCAUGGUCAGAAACCAAAACACUUGCAUCAAAUGUCCAGAAACACCUACAGAAGAAAUUCAGCUGGUAUGAUUGGAUGGUUAUUGCAUAUGACUCUGAAGCUGAACAUGAGUUUGAAGACAGAACCUACAUUCAUGUAAACAUUCAAGGCAAGGCAAAUGUUUUACUCUUUCAUAGAGAGAGAGGGGCUGUGGUGGAUGAAAGCAUUAAGAAUGAAAUUGUCAGUAAGUGGAAUCAAAUUCCUAAACUCACAUGUCUUCAAGACGCACGAAAGCUUCAUCAUGACUUGACAUCAAGCUUCGGAAAUGUGAUCACAAAGCAUCUCGCUGGCGUCCACGCACUCGAACGCCCCAAUGAUUAUGUUAAAACAGAUGAUAAAGGCCAUGUGGAACUUCGCUGUGAGAUUUCUGACAUCCCUGACUACAGAAAAACAGUAAUUGUUUUUCUAAAAGGUAAAGACGUUGCUGAAGAGGCCAUGUGCACCAAAGUGCAUUGCCAGAAUGGGCACUGUAAACCAAUUAAGGACACCACAGCAGGGAUGUGUAAAUGUGAUAAAAUGUACUAUGGUCCAACCUGUGAAGACAGUGUGCACAAUGACCUGGACUGGGAGAUGAUCUGCAGCAAAAUCAAUGCCAUCAUCAUCCAGCCGGUCCCAGAUCUCACUGCCAUAUAUUUUAACAUCAAGGACCUGAAGGAAUACACUAAGCACCUGGCUGAUGCUUUGCAGAGUGACAUAGAGUGGACUCAAAUUUUUGUCAAGUACAGCGACUUGAUCUCCAAAGUUCGUUUCUUUAGCAAACAGCACCAGUUACUUGAGGAAAAGAAUGUUACCAAUGACAGAUAUGUGUCUGAAAUUAAAACACAUGUUGAAGGCACAACAUUCAGGUAUAUGGCCAGUACGUACAAUGAUUUGAUGAUGGGCACAGGUUUUGGUGACAAGUCCAAUAUCCUGGAUGCUUUCCGUAAUGCCUUACUUCUUAAACAAUCAAAUAUUCUUGAGUGCUCUAAAACUUAUGCUGAUCAAGUAGACAAUUUUAUUAGGUACAUGUUUGCACUUGAGAGGGAAUAUUCCUUAGCAUGGUUCAAGUACUUAAUGCUUACUGCAGAAUCUGAGAAAAUACAAGAAUAUGAAAAGAUAUUCCAGCAAUAUGUCUCCCAACAGUGGCGCCUGUUCAACAAAAAUGGCUGUGGCUCUCUCACGGCUGAGCGUCUUUCCAACAGCUUUUGUGACAAACCUUAUCACAGCACACAGAAAAAGAGGAUAGGGAUCCAUUGCUUGGAUAACUACCAUGCUCACCCAGAGGCAGUAACAUGCUCUGAAGGUAAAUGGAGUGAUCUGCCUGUGUGCUACACUAAGCCAAAGGAGAAUGGAAUCACUACAUGCAAAUCUGAGAAAGAGAAAACAGUCUGUACAGCAUUUUGCAAACCAGGAUGGAGUUUCUCUGAUGGACAGUCAAGGAAAACCUAUGAGUGCAGUAAGUCGCCCUGUCAGUCAUUCACCCCACCCAGCUGUGAUAAAUGUGUACAUGACAGCAGCUGUAAAGGAAAUGAAGUCUGCAGAGAUGGCAAAUGCCAAGACGGAUGCAGUGUUACAAACUGUGGUGCAAACACUGUCUGUUCAACCGCUAAUCAUGUGACAAGUUGUCGCUGUCAGAGUGGAUGGUCUGGAGACAACCCCCGUGAAGGCUGUCCAUAUCGAGAUGUGCAGUGGGUGUCAUCCACAGGAAUACCCCAAAAUGCUGUUUCUACACUUUGGAUGCUUUAUAUCUGUCGUGCCAGGGGACCCGAUAACGUAUAUCAUGGAGGGACAAUUGUGUCUGGAUCCAACGUGUGCAUGUAUGAAUUUAAAUGGCAGAGGUUAAAAAGCUAUACUUAUGAGGUAUGUAUAUCAGGUCGGGCUGGGCAAUUAAUCAAAUUUUAUUUUUAAUUACGAUUUUGGCUUCCAACGAUUAU